GGCUUUGGACAGACAGACAGACUCCUGGGGCCUGCCAACCAUCAAAAUGUCCAAAGGGCCUUUUAUUCUCUGGCUGCUGAUUGAGCUUGGGCGGCUUUCUCUGACUUCACCUGCACCAGAGACUGUGAGAGCGUAUUUGGGUCAGACGGUGACUUUGCCCUGUAAGUACUCAUCCUGGUCUCACAGCAGGAACAGCAUGUGCUGGGGCAAGGGUGAGUGUCCUAAAUCCAAAUGCAGCGAGGAGCUUCUCCACACCAAUGGGAUGAGGGUAUUGUCCAGGAAGUCACCAAAAUAUGAUCUUCAGGGCAGUAUCUGGAGAGGCAAUGUCUCGUUGACCAUCUUCAACACCAAUGAAGGUGACAGCAGUAUGUACUGCUGCCGCAUAGAGGUCCCUGGCUGGUUCAAUGAUGUGAAGAAGAACAUUCGCCUGCAGUUGAGGAGAGCCCCAGCAACCAGGCAAUCAACAACGCGUCUCCCAACCACCACCACUGCUCUGACGACAGCCACAGCUGUGCUUCCAACAACAGCUAUGACUAUACCUGAGCUUACAACCAGAACACGACUUCAGACAAGAACCACCACUGCCCUCACAACAGUGGCAAUGACAUACCCUCCAGCAACAUCAACCUUUCUUUUUGAAGCCACCACAGUGCUUCCAACCACUGAGCUUUCCAUGGAAGGGCCCACCCUCACUGCAGAGUCCAAAGGUUGGUUUCUCCAGUCAACAUCCCAGGAGUCAACGUGGGAAAUGAGUGACUCAGUGACUUUUCCUCAGACAAGAGCAACGGAGACAGAAAUGCCUGUGCCAAAUGGAGUAGAAUCAGAACAGGUAAAAAUGGCCAUCAACUCCGACCUGCUAAUGAUCAUCGUUCCCUCCCUGGGAUUCGUGCUGUUGGUGUUGCUUGUGGCGUUUUUCCUUCGAGGGAAAGUCAUGAAAACCAGUUGGUUCCCGAAACACACAAGGCUAGACAAUGCUGGAGAAUGUAAAAACAACUUUGAUGACAUGCAGCAUGGAAGAGAAGACGAAGAUGGUCUUUUCACGCUCUAAUGUGCCACUUUUUCUCAGGAUUGAGGACGGGGCCAUGAUCCGGGAAUUGUCAAAAUAAGUCUUAGAAUGUGUUGUUUUGUUUUGUUUUUAAAGCCGCAUCUAUUCCA